CUUCCAGUCCUCAUGCAACAUCAAAAGGCGAAACACUUCAAGUGUGGCAUGUGUCCUCGCCGUCUGAAUACUGCCGGUGGUCUUGCAGUUCACAUUCAGCAAGUGCAUAAACUCGAACCAGAAAACCUCCCUCGAAUUGAGAACGCAUUGCCCGGUCGGGACGGCUAUGAGGUGGAAAUCUUUGGUAUGGAAGGUAUUCCUGCACCUGACGUCGCAGACUAUAAACGCCGCAAGGAAAUCGAACUUGGCCUCGCUGCGGGUUCCAUUUCCCAACCCCAACCAAAGCGUCCCAAGAUCGACAACCGACCUCUUUCGGAGGAUGAGCUGCGUGCCCAAUUGGAAGCCCACAAGGCACUCAUGGGUGCAUCGAGCGAUGCUCCGGCUGCUGCUCCUGCUCCAGAGGCAACCGCUGCAGUUUACAAUGCCGCUCCGACCGCAUAUGCUGUACCACCUGCUCCUACUCCUGGCAUCACCCCUCUAGGUGCCUCGCCCCCUCCUGGGCUUCCCGGCAUUUCUCCGCCACCGUUCAUGCCCGGUGUUCUCCCUCCAGGACCGUUCCCAGGUGUCCCUCCAAUGGCUUCCCCAUUCCCCGGCAUGCCCGGAUUCCCUCCCGGGUAUGUCUUGUCAUGUGGCUUUUACUGUUGUUCAUAG